UGUAGCGUUACAAACAAUGAUGGCGUCGCUCGCGGAUGAACCGAGUGCUUCUGAUUCCGUGGCUUCUGUGGCUCAGGGGGAGAGAAAAAACCCAGCUGUGUCGUUUGGUUUCACUAAAACCGUUAAUAAAUUCAAACCCUCGUCUGGGGACACCGCAGUAAAGACAGACGACAAGGAUUAUUUGACUGGAAUAGACCGGAAUGAACUGCAAAGCACAAAACCAUCUGAGAAGCCCAAAGAGCUCAUCAUCCCUUUGAUACAGAAGAACCGCUGGCAUAAAUCUGAAAAAGCAGGCGAUGGUGAAGGGAAUGGAGGCAAAGCACAAGAAACAACCCAGGAAAAUGAUUCUGUGGAUUCACAGGCCGUCAGAGAACUCAUUGAAGAUUCCCGGCGGCAGCUGGAGCUGUGGCAGAAUGGCCCUCAGUCAGACAAACACCUGAACCUCAGCAUCCCUCUGCUGAUGCAAAACAAGGUGCCAGAUGGCUAUGAGGAUGGAGACCAUGUGAAGGUGGAUCUGCGGCCUGAGUCUUCAACAGUGGCAGAUUAUGAGAGUGUUCCUGUUGAGGCUUAUGGACUCGCUAUGCUCAAAGGGAUGGGCUGGAACAAAGAAGAAGGCAUUGGACGCACUUUUAAACAACACGUGAAACCGAUCGAACACCAGCUCCGUCCUAAAGGUUUGGGUCUUGGCGCUGAUCGUUCUGCAAUAAAAGACCUGGAGCCCAAAAAACAGCAGCGUCCUCCAAAGCCAGGUGAGGAGAGAGGGAAGGAAGAGGAGCUGGUGAUGGGCACAGGUGGAUGUGUGCUGAUGACGUCAGGGCCACAUAAAGACCUGUACGGAAAGAUUGAAGGUGUCGAUCCAGACAAUGCUCGAGUCAUGGUGAAGCUGGCCAUUGGCAGCAAGACAGUGACGGUCAGCCAGUACGCUGUUAAACUGGUUGGGCGCAAAGAGUACGACAAAUACAGCAAAGAUCUCAGUCGGCUGAGUAAAGCCCACAAAGACAAGGAAAGAGAGAAAGAGAAGGAGAGAGAGCGAGAGAAGGAGCAACAGAGACGGGAGGAGAAGGAGAAGAGAAGUAACGGCAGCGAGGGGAAACACAAAUCUUCAGACAGAGACGGGAAAGACGAGAGGAAGAGGAAACACAGAGAAUCGAGUCGAGACAGAGAAAAGCCUCCUGUAAAAGAAGCCAGGCGACCCCCAGCUCCCCCCUCUUGGUUGCAGAGGGACUUGAAAGUCCGCUUUAUAGACAAAACUUUUAAAGCGGGCAGAUACUACAACUCAAAGAUGCGUGUGGAGGAUGUGCUGACACCAACAACAUGUGUGUGUCGAACUGAAGAGGGAAGACUGCUAGACGAUGUGAAGCAGGACAUGCUGGAAACCAUCAUUCCUAAAAGUGAGAAUGACUCCAUCAUGGUUGUACUGGGCGAGCACAGAGGACAGGUCGGGCGUAUUCUCCAAAGGGACAAGAACAAGUGCAGAGCGAUGGUGCAGCUCGACCGAUUUGAAGAGAAAGUUUUCACUCUGGACUACGACUGUAUUUGUCAUUAUGUUGGAGCAGCAGAACACUGAUCCACACCUGUCUCACCUGUAGUCAAAUAUUGUCAUUUUUUACCCCAUCUGAAAAUGUUCUUUUGUAAUAUCCAGGAAUAAUGGAUCUCAUGAGGUUUUUUAAAAUACUGCAACUUUGUAAUAAAAAAUUGUACAGAA